AUGGGAGGAUUUGAUGGAACGGAACAUUUCUCCAGCAUGCGGCGUUUAGACCUGGCAACCCGUGCAUGGGAUGAGAUGCCCCCGAUGUACGAACGCCGCUGCUACGUGAGUGCGACUGUGCUCAACGGAAGAAUCUACGCUGUGGGCGGAUACAACGGACGAGUAAGACUCAACACGGCUGAAGUGUUUGACCCCCAGACGAACCGGUGGUCUCUGAUCGCCCCCAUGAACGAGCAACGCUGCGACGCCAAAUGUGCCACACUUAAUUGA